UUCUGUUUUUUUUUUUUUUACAGCUCCUACAAUUCGUCAAGUCUCGUCUCGCUCUUUCUUUUACAAUGGCCGUGCGUGGCGUGAUUUGCGCUCAGCAGCGCAAUAGUUAAUGAGUGCCGGAUGCGCCCUCACUCCAGCAGACCGCUACAGUACGAAGAUGGCGUCGGAGGGAGCCAGCGGAGAGCAGCCUCCUCCGGUACAAACACUGGCAACUGCCGUGCUGGGAAGUGUCGACACGAAAUGUGAGUUCAACAUGGAUAACUUGAGCAAGCCAGAGCUACUCACCCUGCUGAGUAUCAUGGAGGGGGAGCUGGAGGCCCGCGACCUGGUCAUAGAGGCCCUGAGGGUUGAUUGUGUCUUCUCUUGUCUUCCAGGAGACACUGAGUGGUUGCCAGAUCAGGAGCUUCCUUUAUCCCCCUGGGACCUGGUCAGAAAGCCUCUCAGCCAGCGCAUCACCAUCCGCCUGAAAGGUCUGUCGGAGUCGUGUCUCGAUGAGUCGGCUCUGGAAUGCCUCUUCCCCCUGCCGCUGCUGCACAACUACGUCCGCCUGGUGGAGCAGUACGGAAACCUCAUCUUUCACGGGCUCGAGGGCGGCUGUCAGGAGUACAUCGCCAAUCUGGUCGCUCGCUGCAUCAAAUCUAAGCAGGAGAUGGGGGGGCUCGGCUGUGACGUGGUGAGGGUGGAGGUGGAGGAGAGCCUGACCAAAGAGCAGCUGCUGGAGACUUUCAUCACCUGUGGUUUCCUGGUGCCGGCGGUGGGGUCAGGGGUCGGGGGGUCCGGCGGUGCCGCUGCUCACUGCGUGGUGGUUCUGCUGGUCGGACUGGAGAAGGCUUCGUCCCUGACGGGGCUGCUGGGAGACCUCUGCCACAGUCUGGACAACAGGGGCUCCGCCGCACCGCUGCUUCUCAACACCGGUCUCCACCACUUCUGUGAAGGCAGCUUCCUGGUAGCGACGCUGUCUAAGCCCCGCCUGCAGGGAUCCGAGCUCCGCCUGCAGCAGCAUUUCCGCUGGGUGACGCUGCGCUGGGAUCAGGAGCCGCUGCACGGCCUGCUGGGAAGACACCUCCGCAGGAAGCUGCUUCACAAGACGGGGGCGGGACUCUGGUCACCUGAUGGCGUCAUGGAGCGCUCGGUGUUGUGGGUGAGCAGCGUGUGGCAGCAGCUCAACGCCUGUCUGUCCCGUCUGGGGACCCACGAGGCUCUGCUGGGCCCGCAGCUCUUCCUGUCCUGCCCUGUGCUCCCAAACAACACGCAGGCAGUCGUCAGGUGGUUGGCUCGGCUCUGGAAUGCCGUGGUCGUCCCCCGCGUGGAAGAAGCCAUCAUCUCGCGGGUAACAGCCAAACGCUCCUCCUCCUCCUCUUCUUCCUCCUCCUCACCGCUGUCGUUGCAGCAACUGUCUCCUAGCAACUGUGGGCUGAGUGCCGGGCAGCAGGCCGUGGUGAAAGCCGCCCUCAGCAUCCUGGUCAACAAGGCAGUUCUCCAGGGCUGCCCUCUGCCUCGACACGAGAUCGACAGGUACCUGCUUGAGUUUCGGGGCGGGACCUUCCCUCUGUCAGCCAUCGGCUCCUACAAAGGAAGCGGCGGCGGAGGAGGCAGGAAGGGACGGGACAGCGGCAAGUUGAGACGAUCCAACACCAGCCCUCGGAAGAAGGGAAGCCCCGCUUCAAGCUGGAGCUCCGGCGGUUCCUUCAGAGAGGGUUCACUGUCGAGCACUGACGUCAGCUUCAUCUCCAAAGUCCAGAGGGAGCCUGUCGGUCUGACUGUGUUCUCUGAUGACGAGACGGAUUUAAUCAGAGAGCUGCAGACCAUGUGCUCCAGCAAGUCAGAGCCAGACAUCAGCAAGAUCUUGCAGGCCAAAGACGACUUGAUCCUGUUCUCCAGCUCUCCCAGCGAAGCAGCGCCCCCCCACAAGGCUGAGCAGGAAACCGCCGUCCAGCAGCGAACGCAGACGACUGUCGUCCGUCAGUCCAGCCUCAGCUCCAGCCAGGCAGCCGUCCAGAGCAGCGAUCGGCGUUCAGGCCCUCGCGGCAAAUCGCAGCUCCCCGUCCCCAGCAGCAGGGGGCAGCAGACACGAGCCUCCAGCAGCAGCAGCAGCAGCAGCAGCAGCAGCCCCCCCAGCCGAACCCAGAUGCCCCCGAGCCGCAGCAGAACCCCCAACAACAGCAGCAGAACAAAGCAGGCUCCUCCCAGCAGCAACAACAACUACUACCGCAACAACAUCAACGAAAACAACCAAUCACACGAGGACAUCUGGAUCCUCCACAGAGACCUGCAUGAAAACAACAACAACAAGUAGACAUCUUCCCCCCCCCCUCCCUCCCUCCUCACCCCCCCUCCGCUGUGAAAACCUCCCUCCAUGAUGUAAAGACUCGGUACCUGACGACCUUUGACUUUUAGUAUUUGUACUUGUUAUCUGUACUCGUUACACUGUACUACAGUUGUGUACUUGGGGACCAUAGUUUUAUUCACAGUGUUUGAAGUGUUUGGUCUGGUAAGACUUAAAGUGGGGAAACAAACAGACGUAACGCAGCAGGUUACGUUACUGUUGCCUUAUUCCAGCGUGUCAACCUGAACAUGACGGGACAGUAGACACGGGUACUGAAGCGCUCAGUGAACACUGUCCUCGUGCGAUGGUAUAAGGCCAUCGGAGCGUAACUAAAGCUUCUUACCGGCGUUAUCUUUUAGUGAAAAGUGUUUUUGGAUCAAAGAAAGAAACACGCAGGUUUUUCUUUUCUUUUUGCUAUUAAGUAUUUUGAGAUAUUCAAGUGUUUUAUCUUUAAAUAGUCGCAAGGUUGGUUUAAAUACUGUUGAAAUUAAUCAGGGUUUUACCAAAUAUAUUUGUACAUAAGAAUUAGUAAGUUGAAAUGCUCUAUAGAUCGGUGUAUGUGGUAUGACGCUUGUACAGUGACGAUAACCUUAAAGCAAAACUGCUGAAAAAAACAAAACGUGUACAUAGUGUUUGUAAAACGAGUUUGUUUCUGAACCCGUCACUUGUUUCAGAGUGACGGGCCGUGGCAAUAAGUAAUAGAACUGUAUGAACACAGGAUGUCCUAUCAACUGUAAGCCAUAAUAAAUAUUUUAAAUGCC